AUGUUCAAGGGACAAUCCAUCGGUGCCUGGGCGCUGGCUGUGCUAGCCACCACCGCACAAUGCCAGCAGCUCAGCUAUGAAGACAGCGUCACAGCUCUAGCCUACGGCAACGUGGCUACCGAGAACUCUUCCGAGGGAACGGUAUGGCUCAACGUUACUGGGUUUGCUGCGGAUAAACUUCCACACAUCCAGAACGACCUCGGAAUCCACACUUUGGACAAUCUCGAGACGCUCACUACCCUCGCUGGCCUUACACAAGAAGCCGCGAAGCAAGGCCAGUGGGGAGACAUUGUCUACUUGUACAGUGCCUUCGCGAUGAAUGGUCACGGCGAGUAUCUCAAUGCUUCGUCUGUGGAGAUGCAGGAGUCACUCCUCGACGCUAUCACAGAUCAGGACAGCGGCAAAGUCGAUUCCACCCUGGCCGAGCUUUACGCCAGUACCUCCAGCUCAAAAUUCUUGGCUGAAGCCUUCCAAGGUCUCAAAUCGAAGACAAGCCCCCAAAGCAAACGCUGGGUCAGAGAAGUUUGUUCAUCUGCCCACCUCGCUGUCAAGAACUCUUGCCGAAGUCUCCUUGAGAAUGUCCGAGGUAAUGCUACGUGGAAGUCGGGCAGCCCCCGGAGUAUCUGUAAAUACGGCUGCUGCAUCAGUUGGAGUGCGAAUGCCACUUUCCAGAUUGAAAAUCUCACAAAUGCUGCGAACUACUGCAUUAACGCGUGUGGCACUAGUAAUGUCAGUUGUGAGGUCUAUGGUGUCAAGUUGCAGGGAACUCUCGUGGAUCAGUGUUUGAGUAACAGAGCAACUGGUUGCAGGUAA